UCAGGCCACAAUCAGCACUCGCUUGCCGACCUCCACCCGCUCCGAAUUCGGCCUAGCGCAUUCUCGCCGGGUUGGCUGCACAAGGCCAAUUUUCAGCACACACAAAAAAGUCGAAGAACGACCAUCAACCAUCACAAGGCCCAGGUCAUCACGCCAAAAUGUCUUCGUUCGAGUCUGUGGUCGUGAUCGAUGGCAAGGGCCACUUGCUUGGCCGCCUGGCCAGCAUUGUCGCCAAGCAGCUCCUCAGUGGCCAGAAGAUUGUCAUCGUCCGCUGCGAGGACCUCAACAUCUCCGGCGAGUUUUUCCGCGCGAAGCUCAAGUACCACGCCUACCUCCGCAAGGCCACCCGGUACAACCCCACUCGCGGUGGUCCCUUCCACUUCCGCGCCCCCUCCCGCAUUUUCUACAAGGCCGUCCGCGGCAUGAUGCCCCACAAGACCGCCCGCGGUGCCGCCGCCCUUGAGCGCCUCAAGGUCUUCGAGGGUGUCCCGCCCCCCUACGACAAGAAGAAGAAGAUGGUUGUUCCCCAGGCCCUCCGUGUCCUGAGACUGCAGCCCGGCCGCAAGUACUGCACCGUCGGUCGUCUCAGCCACGAGGUCGGCUGGAAGUACCAGGACGUUGUCGAGAGGCUCGAGGAGAGGCGCAAGGCCAAGGGCGCCGCCUACUACGAGCGCAAGAAGCUUGCCGCGAGGCAGCUCACCGAGGCGAAGAAGACCGCGACGGUCGACACGAAGACGACCGAGGCCCUCCAGGCCUUUGGCUACUAGAGAUAGUGGCCGACUCGCACACCUCCUUGUCCUUUAUGCGAUUUCCCUCUAGAUUGGCGCGGUGGUUCGGGGCAUCAACUUCAUUUGCGUGGAUGGUGGGGAUAGGCAAUGGCUAUCUGACUCGCUGUGCGUCCCAGGCUUGGGACCUCAUAAAUACAUGAGAUCAACCAAUGGAGACCGAGGUUGCAUGGGACGAAGACAGCAGAAAACGAAAUACCCGGCUCUGGCGGCAAGGCUUCGUGAUGUUGUUGGGCAGAGGCGCUGUUAAGUCAGGCCUCUCGAAAUGACCGCCGAAUGCCUCGGCCAGUGCCCCGCUCAUGCUGAAUAAAUGACCAUAAUCUGUACCAGCGCCAGUUAGUUGUGAAUGCAAAGGGACGAGCCCGGGUGGGCUGGUGAAACCA